AUGUUCCUCGCAUUCGUCUUGGGACUCUACCUGGUGACAGGUGCGCUACCCUCCUCGGCGAGCGCGUGCCCGCCACAGUGCAGCUGUUUUUUUCACAACCUAAGUGAUGGAUCUAUGGCCAGGAGCGUAAUUUGCAAUGACCCCGAGAUCUCCAUUGUGCCUGCCAGUUUCCCCGUGGACACGUCCAAGCUGCGAAUCGAGAAAACAGCCAUCCAUCGGAUCCCGAGCGAAGCCUUCAGUUACCUCCCCAAUCUGGAGUUCCUCUGGAUGUCCUUCAAUGUGCUGUCCUCUCUCAAGCCGGACAGUUUCCGUGGGAUGCUAAAUUUGGAGGAGCUGCGACUUGACGGGAAUGCCCUCACCGCGUUCCCCUGGGAGUCUCUUAUGGAUAUGUCCAGCCUCACGCUGCUCGACUUGCACAACAACCAGUUGACCUCAGUUCCCGCAGACGCCACAAUUUAUUUAAAAAACCUGACCUACCUGGAUCUGUCCAGCAACAACCUUCUGACUGUUCCGGCUGAGGUGCUCGCCACCUGGCUAACAGUUAAACCUGUGCAGGGCCCAGAGAACUCCAAAAUGAUACUUGGUCUCCAUGACAACCCUUGGCUGUGUGACUGCCGCCUGUAUGACCUGGUCCAGUUCCAGAAGUCGCCAACGUUCUCUGUGGCAUUAAUCGACACACGCCUCCGCUGUGCAGCUCCCGAGAGCCUGUCAGGUGUUCUGUUCAGCGAUGCCGAGCUGCGGAGGUGCCAGGCGCCACGCGUCCACACAGCGGUGGCGCACGUCCGCAGCGCCGUGGGAAACAACGUGCUGCUGCGCUGCGGGACCAUUGGCGUUCCCAGCCCGGAUCUGGCCUGGCGCAGGGCGGAAGGGAAAGCCCUGAACGGGACAGUCCAGCAGGAGAACUCCAAGGAAGGCAUUAUCUGGUCCAUCCUCAGUGUCCCAGCCGUGUCCUACCGUGACUCAGGUAAGUAUGUCUGCAAGGCCACUAACUACGCCGGAAAUGCAGAGACCAUCAUCUCCCUGGUUGUCUCCGACGCUCCCCCAAAACCCAACAAUAACAACAACCAAACCAGCGUGGUUGCUGCUACUGUAGAAAAAAACAAAGUCAACAAACCCAACGGGAUGGGGAAGGCAGCAUACCAGGAGAAACUGGUGGAUAGGUUAGUGGUUCCCACCCCCAAUCCUCCACCCCCACCUGCUGUUGUGGACACCAGCCCUGAGCCUGAAGGUGUGGUAGUGGGAAGUGUGGCAGAUAGAGCCACCCCUGGACCAGCCAAGUUGCCCAGUCCAGACGGACUCCUGGAGCUGGAGAAGACGAACCUGAGCAACCUGGCCCAGGCCCAGUAUGACCCGGACCGGAUAGUUCGCUCGGUCAAGGUGUUGGGCGACACGGAGAACACCAUCACCCUGAACUGGCGGGCACCCAAGGCCAAGAACACCACGGCCUUCAGUGUGCUCUAUGCCGUCUUCGGCGAGCGAGACAUGCGCAAGAUCAACGUGGCGGCGGGUCAGAAUCGGGUCUUCAUCGAGGGCCUGGUGCCCAAGACUAAGUACAUUGCCUGCGUGUGUGUCCGGGGCCUGAUCCCCAAGAAGGAGCAGUGUGUCAUCUUCUCCACCGACGAGGCGGCCAGUGCCGCUGGCACCCAGAAGCUCAUCAACGUCAUCGUGAUUACCGUGGCUUGUGUCAUUGCUGUGCCACUCACCGUCAUCGUCUGCUGUGGCGCGCUCAAGAGGCGCAUCCAGAAGAUGUGGGGCAAGAAGUCCAAGGACAUCCAGGACUCGUAUGUUACUUUUGAGACGCUGUCCCCCGGAACCAAGGCUAAAGGGUUGGAGGGUGAGUACCUGACCAGACUCAACCCUGAGGAGUCCAACCGGCUGCUAUCGGCCCGAUCCAGUCUGGACUCGGAGGCCACGGCUAAGAUAGAGGGUCAGCCCAACGAGUACUUCUGCUGA